AUGGGCCGGCUAUGCACCAUCAUAUUCACACUGGUAGCAGCAACACUAUCCACCACAAUGGCGGCGUGCCCUAGAGCCAACUCGAAACUUCUAGACGAUAUCCUCUCUCCUGCCAACGCCGAGAGAGCCUUACAAAUCCUUCGAUUAGCAGCCGCAGGCGCAAGAGCUACCCCAAGCAAUACUGGCUUCAAUUUACUGGAAGACAUAGUAGCUUCUAGGUACUUGCCUAGUACAGUAUUGCCAGCGAAACCUCUAGUGCAAGAACUCCGAAGAAUACCACUACCACGACGUCAGCCAGUGGUAGAAGUCGCACCAGCGUAUACCCAAGAAGUUUAUCCGCCGGUGGUGGCGCCAACAGUGGUUCAAGAGAGAGUGUAUCCCGCCAUGCCAAUACCGCAACCGUGCGCGGUGGCGACGGCAACUCCUGUCGCGCCAGAAGUGUAUCCUUCCGCGCCAGUGCCAAUGGUCAAUCCGUUCCUGCCAGCCGCGUCUCCUGUUUCCGCCAUUGCACCGCCCACUUCAAGUCUGCUCCCGCCAAUGGACCCGACUCAAGUUCGGAGUCACUUCUUGAGAAAGAUACCGAUUCCGCCGCCAUCUUUGUAG